UUCAUCUAGGCUCUCUAUUCUGUAUGCCGGUUAAUUAAUAUGUGCUCUAUGUUAUGUAUGCAGGUCAUUGGCAUUUUGUUGUUCACAGAAAUGGUCGACCGAGGCAAUAACUAUGAGUAUAUUAGACCUGGACUCCCUACCUUGCGGACGCAAGAUGGACCCACUUGCCUUUUCAAUGCAAUAGGGUACACCACGGAUUUAGCCUGGCCAGGAGUUUGGAUUGAUGCUGAUUCUUAUGCGGACGACUACGAGAGUCAGUUGCUGGUACCUGUGGGGUACGAUUGGAAUCCCCGUGCCGUUACUGCACUUGAGUUAUUCAAGAAUAGAGGGGUCAAGGCAAUUUGCAAGGAUGGAAAUGAGAUCCGGGUACGCAUCGCAGGUUACAAGUGCCAUGCGCCCAUGAUACAUGAAAGGGUGUUUCCUAUGAUAGAGUCUGGGGCCAACCUGAUGGGAACCUUUGCCGUGCGGCCGAAGGAAUUUGCUAACUUGGGGGAUAGGAUUUAUGAGCUCGACACACCGUUCCAACAUAAUGAGCAUCCGGCGUCGCAUAUCGUCACGUUUGUUGGGCACGGAAAGAAGAAUGGACGUCCAUACUUGGUUUUCUUGAACACCCACGGGUCUGAAUUUGGGACACUGGGAUUAGGACGGGUCUACUUCGAUCAGGUGUUCCAGGAUCCCAGGGAAGAGCAUAAGGGAUUUAGGUUCAUAUCCGUGCUUGCUGGUGCUCAUCCUACCCAGGCAGCAAAGCGUGGGCGGCGGCAGCAUACUACCAGAACCCAGGAAGAGCAGAGGAGGAAGACACCGUACUGAGGAAACUGCUCGAUGACGGCCAUGCCAGAGGUGAAGAGCACCGAAACACAUAUGACGUACACUUGUUCGUGGAAGAGCCUGCCAAAGUUCUUUGUCUGACAAAAAAAGCAUAGUCCCAAUGAGGGGUGGUCUUGUCGAGAAUUCGUUUACGAUAUGCAUCUUGUAUCUGUGAUCUGUGUAGUCUUCCAGCCACUAUAUCUCUCUGGGUUUGGUAACUCUCAACGUCCCAGUCUUCUAGACUAGAACAGCGACAUGUAUGUUUGGAUUCUUGGACUGUCAUGUAUGAUUGAAAUGGGGAAAUCAUGUAGUCAAACUAUCCAAAUGGCUAAGCACAU